UAUCCUAAUGCAUACUCUCCACAUGGGGAGUGGUGACACGACAGACUUGUGACUCCUCCAUUACGCAAGCCAUUACCUUGGGAUUCGACACCAAACUGGUGUGGAUUAAGUUCCAGCGGCUCCAAGCGAGGUGAAGACCAUAACGUGGAUAAAAGUGGCCCCUCAGUAUCUUAAAUUUGAACCAUGACUACACACAUGCAGCACCAUGGCUCAACCCCUCCAGAGCUGAAGUUAGUGCUGCUGGGCAAUAUCGGAUGUGGUAAAACUUCAUCUGCCGAUACCAUCCUGAGCCAGUUGACGGAUAUGUCUACAGCGACGCCCCGGAGCAUUCAGCUGCGCAGAGACUUUGCCGAUGGCAGGAUGGUCACCCUGGUAGAGGCCCCCAGGUGGUAUUGGAAUGGUCUGGAAAUGGAGGAGAGUGUCAAGAAGGAGACUGAGCGAGCCAUGACCUUGCUGGAGCCCGGUCCACAUGCAGUUCUUUUAUUGGUGCCUGUCAACCAGUUCACAGAGAUGGAUGGUCAAGUGCCUGCACAGCUGCAAAAAGUGUUUGGAAAAGAAGUGCUGGAUCACACCAUUGUGCUACUGACAUGUGGAGAUUAUCUGAUGGGAAGAACGGCAGAGGAGUACCUUCUGAAGGAACAUCCAGGCCUGAGGCAAAUGAUUGGGCUCUGCGGGGGGCGCUACCAUGUUAUUAAUAACCGUCUGCGGCGGGACAGGACCCAGGUUCGGGAACUUCUGGACAAGGUGGAGGACAUUGUGAGCAAAAGAGGGGUGUUCUGCCUCAAAACAAAAGAGGAGAGAGAGAUGGAGGAACGCGUGCAGCAGCGGAAAAGAGAACUGAUGGAAAGUUUCCGAAUGCAAAAGGAAGAGAAACGGGCAGCUCUGACCUCCAGCUACAUGUCAAAUGUAGACACACUCAGGAAUGCCGAAAGGGUGGAGUCGUACGGACAGUUCUGGGAGAGGAGGAGAGAAGAUGAACAAGACAGCAUUAAUGGAGGAGUUUCGGAGACAUUUGAGUCCAAUCUGACAGCUACAAAACCAAGCAGGUGGCAGUCGGGCUGGAAUGAGGAUGAGCACGAAAGGCGCCCCUAUAGACUGAAUGCAGAUGGAGCCAGACUCUCACAAAUGGUGGAUGAAAGACCGUCACCUAAACUUGUUUCCACUUUUCAUCACAGAAUCAACAGCUUUGAGGAGAGUACCCCCGACGUCUCCUCCACAACCUCGCCUGAACCCCAAGCUUUGGUCUAUGACCCCAGCACGCCAAACUUCGCCCCGUCCCCUGCCAAGACCUCUGUAUCUUCGCCUUCCUCACCAGAGCUGCGUUUGGUUUUGCUCGGACGGUCCGGAGCAGGGAAGAGUGCGGCUGGCAACAUCAUCUUGGGGCACAAUGAGUUUGAGUCUCGGCCUGACAGUCUGGUCGCCAUUACUCAAGAGUGUGUUAAAAAGAAAGCAGUGGUUGCUGGAAGAAGGGUGGCAGUACUGGACACCCCAGACUGGUUUCACUCAGAGCGUACACCAGAUGAGGUGCGUUCUCAGAUUUCCUCCUGCGUAGCCCUGUCCAGCCCCGGACCACACGCCUUCCUCUUGUGUGUUCCGGUGGACCAGCCAGCCAAAAUGGAGCUGCAGGCCCUUAGCGUCCUCGAGGCGGUCUUUGGGCCUGAAGUGGUCAAAAAACACACACUGGUCCUCUUUACGCACGCUGAUCUUCUAAGAAAGAACAUCAACUACAGGAGCGACAGCGUAGAGGCCUAUAUUGCUGGUCAGCGUGACGAUCUGUUAAAACUGGUGGAGAAAUGCGGGGAUAGGUUCCACGUGCUGGAGAGAGACGGUCACGGCAGAAACGUAGAGGAGCUUCUUGAAAAGGUGGAGCAGAUCGCCGACGAGGCUGGGGGACAGUGUUAUUCCUGUCCAGCUUUCCAAGAGGCCGAGAACCGAGUGAGGGAGAUACAGGCCGAGAUAACGAGGGAAAGGAGACGGAAGAAGCAGGAGGAAGAACGCCUAGGAGAGCAGUUUCGGGGCGAGAGGCGCUCCCUCUACCCUUACAUGCAGACUGUGGCCGAGGCCGAAGAGGAAGUGAGAGAGGAAGAGGUUGAGAAAACACGAGCCGAAGCCGAGAGGAGUGUCAGUACCAUGAAUAUCGAGAGCCUUCCACCUAUAAACACAAUGGCCAGCAUGUCCCCCUCAAUGUUCCAGUCCAUGAUGGAGAAAGUGAUGUCCGGCGCCAAGACGCUGCCCAAACUGUUGUCAGACAGCUCGGUCUGGGUCAGCGACGGAGCCAAGAAGGUAGCGAGCAGUCCGGUGUGGGAAUCAGUAGGGAGCGGCGCGCAAAACGCACAGAAGACUUUGGCCAACAGUCCUGUGUGGGGGAAAGUGGGCGCUCAGGCCGGGCACGUCUCGAAGCUAGUGGGAGAUAGACUCCCUAAGGUGGUGGUGGACAGCUCGGCCUGGGUCGGCUCUGGAGCCAAAGCGGUGGCAGACGGCUCGAGGCGUGUCGGCUCAGGUAUAGGAACCGGAGCAAAGGCCGUGGCCCAGAGCCCCGUGUGGGGCAAGGUUGGUUCCGGAGCCAAAGUGGUUGCUGGCGGUUCGGUGCGUCUCGGAGCCGGACUGGGCGCCGGUGCAAAGAAGGUGGCCCAGAGUCCAGUCUGGGGGAAAAUGGGCUCCGGUGCCAAAGCAGGCGCCAAGAUGGUCAGCGAAAGUUCCUUGUGGCAGAAAAUGGUGACCAAUGCUAAGAAGGUGCCGAAGGUCGUCAUCGCAGGGGCGUUGCUGGGUUUGGUUCUGGGGGUGUUUUUAGCAGGGGCUGCCGGCGGAGCCGCGGGGGCCGUUAUUGGAUCUGGUGCCACCGAGGUGGGCAGGCGGAAGUUUGGCAAGAAAACUGCACCCGAAAAAGUUGCUAAUAACAUUGAAAGACAAGUGAACGACACCGUAGAUUCACUUGUGAAACAAGGAGAGAAAUUCAAGAAAAUGGAAUGAAGGACUGAUUGAAUCCUGAAUCAAAUGGAGCACAUUACACCACCUGCAUUUGGUUCCUUUUGUGUAGAUGUUUGUGAUCUCUUAAUGAGUCCUAAUAAGUCAAUAGAUAUCGAACAUCACAAAUACAUCUUUUUCACAAGAUACUGGUUAUAAUUUUGCUAGUUGAGGGUGUUAGGAAUUUUUGCUCUGACCAAUCAGAAUAUGAAAAUGCUGCCUACAGUUAGCACAACAGACCUAGGAAGAUGAAUUUUAUAUCUGAUUGAAGAAAAGCAUCGGCCAAUACAAUUGAUUUUGAUGGUUUUAGGCAGAUUAAGAUUGUCAUGGCAACACACCGGCUGAAAUAUGAUCGUUAGAUCAAAAUCUCUGACAUCUGCAUACAUUACGUAAUGUGAGCAAUUCAGCAAAGAGAAAGACAAUGAAAUAAAAACAUUUUGGGACUAAACUGAAACAAUUUUGUGGAAUUUUCUUGAGUGAAAUGACUAUGAAUUGUCCAUACGUUUAAAAGGUGGGUUUGUCUACAGUAUACAGGAAGUCCCAGGGUUACGAACAAGUUCCAUUCCCACCCUGGCGACGUAACCCGAAAUGUACGUGUAAAUUGGGAUUAACCCUUUAAAAAAUCAAAAUAACUAUCCAAAAAGCCCAAAAGUAUUUUGUUUAAUGGUGGAGGAUACACUGCCCUCUGGUGGCAGUGUUGGGUCUGGGUGGACUCCUUCAAUAAUGCUUCUAUACAGGAGCAUUGAGACGUCUCACAUGGAUAAAGGAUAGCUGCGCUCGGUUUUGGCCAGAUAAGGCUUUAAAUUGCUUCAGCUAAUAUAUGUUUGUGUAUGCAUUUUGUAAUUAAGUUCAGAGUUGGUUUGUGGAGUUGCGUGUGAGAGAUUUGCAAUUUAAAAUAAACUUUUGUGAAGCAAAUUAGGCUAAUUUAAUCUAGGAAUUUACAUAUUGAUCAGAUUAGAUCGAUGUUUGAACACCAAUCGUUUUGUGUCAAGUGUUUUAUUGUUAAAAUGCCUGUUGUUUUCAGACGUGUACAUAUCAUGUUACAGCUUAACAAAUUUUUAAAAGUGAAGUAAAAAGCUUCAAAAAGCACAAUUGCUUUGUUUGCUGUCUGUCAAGAUGAACAACUUCACGUUUAGUGAGGACAGAACAAGUCAUGUUAAUAAAGUAAAAAAUAAGGUACUGUGAGGUACAAUUAUUAAGUACUUGGUACUUGUGAUAUCUUUUGUGCUUGAUUGAAAAGGAAUUAAAAUAAUAUGUCUUGUCACUUGUCUUUGUCACAAUCUCUCUAAAAAAAAAUGUGGUGAAAGUCACACUUUUGUAACCAAAUGAUAGAUAUACUGUAAUUCAGAAAAUUGGGGGUGUUUAUUUUUGUGUUGAACAGCAGAAUGAACCAAACAUUGAUUGGAAGAAGGCAUUUUACAGGAUUCUAAGAACAAAUGCAUUUGUGUGUUAUGGACUGUAAUUCCAUCUGUGUUCAGAAUGUUAUUGAAGUGCAGAUUCUUUGCAGCUUUUGAUAUGUUUCAGUUAUGCUAUGCGGUUGUAGACUGGAAUAAAUUUUCACUGCUUGGCUUUAUUUACACCAUAAAUUAUAGAUGAAGGAUGCCGAAGUUGAGUGGCCAAAAAUGUCUAUUCUGAGUACUGUGUCGUUCCAUUUAUAGUACAGUACUGUAUAUUACUUUGCAAUUCUCACACUACUGGAAGACCGUUUACAUUUUCAUUUGAUAUGUCAUAUGCUAAUAGAAUGUAUUCUUUUGCUUGCUUUAUGUCAGACUCAGAAAUAUAACGUCCAUCCUUUCAGGAGUUGAUUAAGUGCGGUGUCUGUUAAAAGGGACACCACCAUUUGAUGAUAUAAACAGUACUAUUUUGAACCUAUUGAACAUUUACACAUUUAAUAUUAAUUAUGAAAGUAGUGUAACCAGUUUUGUCUGCUUGUAUUUUGCGUGUACAGGUUAAAGUCUUCAUUUUCCUUGAGGGAGGGGGUGGAGGCACUGACAUUUUAUCUUUGACUACCAGGCUGGCCAUAUUCACUCUGCUUGGCCUCCUGUAUGCAGCGUGAGAAGAGGUAGCUCCCCCCAACACUCAAUCCUAGACCCAAGGGUGAGCAAACCUUUUGCUCAGCCACAACAUUUGAUUUGGAUUUUAAGAAUAGAACAAAAUUAGGGCUAGAAAUAAGUAAUGUACAGGAAGUGGUUGCUUUCAAUAAAAUUGUAAUGUUAUUUACUGUAAAUUAAACUAAAUUUACACACAUUACAAAUACAGCUAAAACCAUAGGCCUACCCACACCCAACCAAUUCGACUUAAACAGUAGGUCCGUCAUUCGAUUGACAAACACAGUAGUCCAGGAAUACAUACCCACUAUACCAGCACACCAUCACGCUUCCCUCAGGGUGAAAGUACGGGUCCGCUU